UAGUGAAGAAUUGGACACGACAAGUGUCACAAUACACUUUGCCUUCCACGAAGAAUUGAUCCUUGCAGGAUGCUAAAUGGAAGAGUGAUAUAAAGCAAAGAGCUGAAACAACGGAGAGAAAAGGGAGAUAGGAGAUUCUUACCACUUCUCAAAGUAUUGGCAAUCACACAUUUACUGCAUGCUUUGGAUGAUCAUUCACUCGACAUUGUAAGUAUUGUUGCAAGGUUGUAUUUCCUUGUGUAGACUUCAACCACAUUCACUUCUUUGUUGACUCUGGCUACUUGUUGGAUUCACGUUCAAAGUUGAAUACAAAGUUGAAUACGCUUACUUUUAUCUGAAUCAGUUUUAAUAUUUGGUAAACUAUGGUGUGAUAAUAAAGUUACUCUUCAAAUAAAGUCAGUUGGUUCAUGCAUGUGUUAGUCAAGUCAUCCAACCCCAUUUCUACUCUAAACCCUAAACCCUAAACCCACAUUGGAGAAUUUUCUUAAUUCUCUUUCUAAUAUUUUAUUAAUAAACAAAGUAUUGUUCGAAGUCAGUUAAGAUUAUUUUGAAAGAAAAAGAAAAAAUUGAAACAGAACUUUUGUUUGUUAAGAUUUUAAGUUCACACCUAUUCAUAAGGCUCGCUCACUCCUUCUAACUAUAUAAACACCCAUAAAUUCAUCCAAAAUUUCAAUACCCAAAUAGCCAUGGUUUCAUCUUCAACCUUCUUAUUCUUCUUCAUCCUUCUCUUAAAUUUCUUCCUUUUUAUCACUUCCACUCAAGUUUCCUACACUAACAGAGGAAUCACCAUUGAUGGCCAACCCAAGAUUUUCCUCUCUGGUUCAAUCCACUACCCACGUAGCACUCCCCAAAUGUGGCCUGAUUUGAUAAAAAAGUCUAAAGAAGGUGGACUAGACACCAUUGAAACUUACGUUUUUUGGAAUGCUCAUGAACCCGUUCGUCGUCAAUACGAUUUCUCUGCUAAUCUUGAUCUUGUUAGAUUCAUUAAGACCAUUCAAAAUGAAGGUCUUUACGCUGUUCUUCGUAUCGGUCCAUACGUUUGUGCCGAGUGGAAUUACGGAGGAUUUCCGGUUUGGCUGCAUAACCUUCCUGGAAUUGAAGAACUAAGAACAACCAAUCCUGUGUUCAUGAAUGAGAUGCAAAAUUUUACUACAUUGAUUGUGGAUAUGAUGAAACAAGAGAAUCUUUUCGCAUCGCAAGGGGGGCCGAUAAUUCUAGCUCAAAUAGAGAAUGAAUACGGAAACGUAAUGACAUCAUACGGCGAUGCUGGAAAAGCUUACGUGAAUUGGUGUGCAAACAUGGCGGAUUCGCAGAAUGUUGGAGUGCCAUGGAUUAUGUGUCAGCAAGACGACGCUCCCGAGCCGACGAUCAAUACCUGCAAUGGUUGGUACUGUGAUCAAUUCACUCCCAACAAUGCUAAAAGUCCGAAAAUGUGGACGGAGAAUUGGACCGGAUGGUUCAAGAGCUGGGGUGGAAGGGACCCGGUUAGAACCCCCGAAGAUUUGGCUUUCUCCGUCGCUAGAUUCUUUCAACUCGGCGGUACUUUCCAAAACUACUACAUGUACCACGGCGGAACGAACUUCGAUCGGAUGGCGGGUGGUCCGUACAUCACCACGACUUACGAUUACAACGCUCCAUUAGACGAAUAUGGGAAUUUGAAUCAACCCAAAUUCGGUCAUUUGAAGCAACUUCAUGCUGCAUUGAAGUCGAUAGAAAAGGCCUUGGUUUCCGGCAAUGUCACAACCACCGAUUUGACCGACUCUGUUUCAAUCACUGAAUACGCAACGGACAAAGGGAAGAGUUGUUUCUUCAGCAAUAUAAAUGAAACGACCGACGCGUUGGUGAAUUAUCUCGGUAAAGACUUCAACGUUCCGGCUUGGUCCGUCAGCAUUCUUCCUGAUUGUCAAGAGGAAGUUUACAAUACAGCAAAGGUAAACACACAGACCUCUGUCAUGGUGAAGAAAGAAAACAAGGCCGAGAACGAACCGGAGGUUUUGGAAUGGAUGUGGCGACCGGAGAAUAUCGACAACACCGCUAGAUUAGGUAAAGGACAAGUCACUGCAAAUAAGCUUAUUGAUCAGAAAGAUGCUGCAAAUGAUGCUAGUGAUUAUCUUUGGUACAUGACAAGUGUUAAUUUGAAGAAAAAGGAUCCAAUUUGGAGCAAUGAAAUGACUUUGCGUAUCAAUGUAAGUGGACAUAUCGUCCAUGCCUUUGUCAACGGAGAACACAUUGGUUCUCAAUGGGCUUCUUAUGACGUAUAUAACUACAUCUUUGAGCAAGAAGUGAAAUUGAAGCCAGGAAAGAACAUAAUCUCUCUACUCAGCGCCACCAUCGGACUCAAGAACUACGGAGCUCAAUAUGAUCUGAUCCAAUCCGGAAUCGUUGGUCCGGUUCAACUAAUCGGUCGCCACGGCGACGAGACGAUCAUAAAGGAUCUCUCCAAUCACAAAUGGUCAUACGAGGUUGGAUUACACGGUUUCGAAAACCGCCUAUUCAGCCCAGAGUCCCGAUUCGCCACGAAAUGGCAAUCAGGUAAUUUGCCAGUGAAUAGAAUGAUGACAUGGUACAAGACUACCUUCAAACCACCAUUGGGGACGGACCCUGUCACCCUAGACUUGCAAGGGUUGGGCAAAGGAAUGGCUUGGGUGAACGGACAUAGUAUUGGUCGAUACUGGCCGAGCUUCAUAGCUGAGGACGGAUGCAGUGACGAGCCAUGUGACUAUCGAGGCUCCUACACCAACACCAAAUGCGUAAGGGACUGUGGCAAACCGACACAACAGUGGUACCAUGUUCCCAGAUCGUGGCUCAACGAAGGCGACAACACAUUAGUUUUGUUCGAGGAAUUCGGAGGUAACCCGUCAUUGGUGAACUUCAAAACUAUUGCAAUGGAGAAGGCUUGUGGUCAUGCUUAUGAGAAGAAGAGCUUGGAGUUGUCUUGUCAAGGAAAGGAGAUUACAGGGAUUAAAUUUGCAAGUUUUGGUGAUCCAACGGGUAGUUGUGGGAAUUUCUCAAAGGGAAGUUGUGAAGGGAAAAAUGAUGCAAUGAAAAUUGUUGAAGAUUUAUGUAUUGGCAAAGAAUCUUGUGUUAUUGAUAUCUCUGAAGAUACCUUUGGAGCUACUAAUUGUGCUCUUGGUGUUGUCAAGAGGCUUGCUGUUGAGGCUGUCUGUUAGAAUAACUUACCUUCUUCUAAUUUUUAGGGUUUCAUUAGGGCAUAUUUUUUUUAAAAAAAAAAAAGAGAUGAGAAUUUCGUAGUGUUCUUUCUUUGUUAAUCAAUAAAGUAAUGAGUUUAGUUUUGUUCCAAAUGUAAGGAACUUUAUUUUAUAAAAAUACAAACUUGAAUUUGGGAACAAAAUAUAUGUGAUUCUUUUUCUUUUUUUUUGUGGGUAAUAUAAUGUAGUGUUUGUGAUAUGGAGAAUAUAAUCAAGUUAAACAAGCUUUUAACUUGAUUUUUGUAAUGUGGAAGAAUAUGCUAUGUCUCUCCUUUUCUAGUUGAAUUGACAUUAUUGGAUGUAUCUUGAAUUGUGUAAAGACAUUUGGGUUUCUGUCAUGUUUUUACAUCAAAGAAUUGUCACGUAACUUCUGGUUAGACUUUAAAAUGUAGCCUCAUCUGUUCAUACUCACUCCAACAUUAAAAAAAAGUUUUAAAAAAACAAACCAAAUAAAUUAAACAGAAGGAAAAGAUUAGAUCUGAUAAAUUAAACCAAAAAAAAAAAA